UCUGCAAUUACUUACUCUAGCAGUCAAAGUACAAUAAUAAAGAAGCCUCAAAAUAAACCCAAGUGCAAAAAAAAAUUGCAUUCUUUUGAAAGAAAAAAGAACCAGCUUUGAACCUUUGCUCUCCUCUCUCUGAGCAAAUGGCUCUCAAGUUGGUCUUAAUGCUAAUGGUGGCUCUGCUGGCUGCGGUAUGGUCACCACCCGCGGUGACCGCAUCCGUCACCUAUGAUCACAAGUCAGUUAUCAUCAAUGGGCAGAGAAGAAUCCUCAUCUCUGGCUCCAUUCAUUAUCCUAGAAGCACUCCUGAGAUGUGGCCUGAUCUCAUCCAAAAGGCUAAAGAUGGGGGCUUGGAUGUUAUACAGACCUAUGUUUUCUGGAAUGGGCAUGAGCCUUCUCCUGGCCAAUAUUAUUUUGGUGGGAGAUAUGAUCUGGUUCGCUUCCUCAAGCUUGUGAAGCAGGCUGGUCUUUAUGCUCACCUCCGCAUUGGCCCUUAUGUUUGCGCUGAAUGGAAUUUUGGGGGCUUCCCAGUUUGGCUAAAAUAUGUUCCUGGGAUUCAUUUCAGAACUGACAAUGGACCUUUCAAGGCUGCAAUGGGGAAAUUUACAGAAAAAAUCGUAUCAAUGAUGAAAGCUGAAGGCUUGUAUGAAACACAAGGUGGUCCUAUUAUCCUCUCUCAGAUUGAGAAUGAGUAUGGUCCUGUUGAGUACUACGACGGAGCUGCGGGUAAAUCAUACACGAAUUGGGCAGCGAAAAUGGCAGUUGGGCUCAACACUGGAGUUCCAUGGGUUAUGUGCAAGCAAGAUGAUGCUCCUGAUCCAGUUAUUAACACUUGCAAUGGUUUUUACUGCGAUUAUUUCUCUCCGAAUAAGGAUAACAAGCCCAAGAUGUGGACUGAGGCUUGGACUGGCUGGUUCACUGGGUUUGGUGGUGCAGUACCACAAAGACCAGCAGAGGACAUGGCCUUUGCUGUUGCAAGGUUUAUACAGAAAGGUGGAUCUUUUAUUAAUUAUUAUAUGUAUCAUGGAGGAACUAAUUUUGGCCGGACAGCUGGAGGUCCUUUUAUCUCAACUAGCUAUGACUAUGAUGCUCCAAUUGAUGAAUAUGGUCUACUAAGGCAACCGAAAUGGGGUCAUUUGAGAGAUCUACAUAAAGCAAUCAAACUAUGUGAACCUGCUUUGGUUUCUGGUGAACCGACAAUUACAUCACUUGGGCAAAAUCAAGAGUCUUACGUGUACAGGUCAAAAUCGUCUUGCGCAGCGUUUCUUGCCAAUUUUAAUUCGCGGUAUUAUGCGACAGUCACUUUCAACGGCAUGCACUAUAAUCUUCCUCCGUGGUCUGUCAGCAUCCUUCCCGACUGCAAAACUACAGUUUUUAACACUGCAAGGGUAGGAGCUCAAACCACAACUAUGAAAAUGCAAUAUCUUGGUGGGUUUUCUUGGAAAGCAUAUACUGAAGAUACUGAUGCCUUAAAUGAUAAUACAUUCACAAAGGAUGGAUUGGUAGAGCAGUUAAGUACAACGUGGGAUCGUUCAGAUUAUUUGUGGUACACUACAUAUGUUGACAUAGCCAAAAACGAAGAAUUUCUAAAGACUGGGAAAUAUCCGUAUCUCACAGUGAUGUCAGCUGGUCAUGCUGUGCAUGUGUUCAUCAAUGGACAACUUAGCGGAACGGCGUAUGGUAGUCUGGAUAAUCCAAAACUGACAUAUAGUGGGAGUGCAAAGUUGUGGGCAGGCAGCAACAAAAUCUCUAUUUUGAGUGUAUCUGUUGGGCUGCCUAAUGUAGGAAACCAUUUCGAGACUUGGAACACAGGAGUGCUUGGUCCAGUGACAUUAACCGGUCUUAAUGAAGGAAAGAGAGAUCUUUCACUGCAGAAAUGGACUUAUCAAAUUGGUUUGCACGGAGAAACUCUAAGUCUUCACUCACUCACUGGAAGUUCAAACGUUGAAUGGGGAGAAGCUUCUCAAAAGCAGCCCCUAACCUGGUAUAAGACAUUCUUCAACGCACCACCGGGUAAUGAACCGUUGGCUUUAGAUAUGAACACCAUGGGAAAAGGGCAAAUUUGGAUAAAUGGACAAAGUAUUGGCCGAUAUUGGCCUGCCUAUAAAGCUUCUGGUUCUUGUGGCAGUUGUGAUUACCGCGGAACUUACAAUGAGAAGAAAUGCUUAAGUAAUUGCGGAGAGGCCUCACAACGAUGGUAUCAUGUUCCUCGUUCUUGGCUAAGCCCAACGGGGAACUUUCUCGUUGUGUUGGAAGAAUGGGGCGGUGAUCCUACUGGGAUUUCUAUGGUGAAAAGAUCAGUAGCGAGUGUUUGUGCUGAAGUUGAAGAGUUGCAGCCUACGAUGGAUAACUGGCGUACCAAGGCUUAUGGCAGACCGAAGGUUCAUUUAUCUUGCGAUCCCGGCCAAAAAAUGUCUAAGAUAAAGUUUGCUAGCUUUGGUACUCCUCAAGGCACUUGUGGAAGCUUCUCAGAAGGCAGCUGCCAUGCGCACAAAUCUUAUGAUGCUUUUGAGCAGGAGGGUCUAAUGCAGAAUUGUGUCGGUCAAGAAUUUUGCUCUGUAAAUGUUGCUCCUGAAGUCUUCGGAGGAGAUCCUUGCCCUGGAACUAUGAAGAAACUUGCGGUUGAAGCCAUUUGUGAAUGAUUUUCCCACGACAAUCUUUGCAUUUUCCUUUGCUAUAUAUACAUCUCUCAGUACAGAGUUAAGUUAUACCUCAAUCGGAAACAAAUAGUUUUCAGAAAUUGAGGCAACUCUGUUUAUUUCGAAAUUGGUGAAGGUGUCAAUGUACAUAGAUUGGCUGCUUUUUACACCUCUUUUCUAUUUGGCGUAGGGGGGAAUAAAUGGAGGGGGUGGAAUAUGAGGCAGGGUUUAGAUUGGCUCUGCAUAUGUUACGUUGUAAUGUUGUAUGUGAAAAUAGAAGCAAUCAUCAAGUCUAAGGACAAAUCCUAGGCUUGCAAGGUUUUAGCUACUUAUGGUAGAUCCAAUUAGGCUUGUGUAAGGUUUGAAAUUGCUUUCUUUUUGUUCUUGUAAGAAACCCAAGUUGUGAUGUUAUAUACAAAUACUAUACCCGAAAUUGUUUUAAUUGGAAAAUGACAUUUGUGAUUGGAAAA